UGGAUUCCAUAGUCACACGUCCACGAGCAGCACGCCUGCCCGAACCUUUUAUUCAAAAAUGAUGGAUGAAGAGGGGAAUUUGUGGAAAUGUUACAAAACAGAAAUAUUCUUUUCACGUUCAUGUUAGCAGUAGUAGUGGGUUCUGAUUGGACCAGCAUGGUUUUUACAGAUCACGUUUCAGUCAGUAAACAGCAGGAGGUGCUGUUCUUCUUCAGAUGAUGAUGAUGAAGAUGAUGAGGUCAAAGUAUAAAGUAGCUCAAAAAGUAGAGAACAAGUACCUCAAGAAUGAACUAAAGUACAGGACAACUACCUCAAAACAUACUAAAGUAUAUAUUAGUACGAGUACAGCGGUACUGCGCUGCUAAUCUCUUGUUGAUGAUCAAUUUGAACAUUUGCGUUCAUUCCAAUAACUUUUGUUAUUUAACUUUGUGAUUCUGAAAUACAUUUUUAUUCACCUUUUUUUCAAAUGAUCAUUAACUAAUCAGGAAAACUGAUUGAUCAUUGGACAGGAUCACAACAGUCACGUGACCCUGUUUACUGUUUUCAGCCUCUGAAGGCCGCUAUGUUCGCUAUGUGGGACACUCGAUCCCUCCCCCCCCCCCUCCACCUCCGCCCCAUUCCAAAAACAAACAUCCACACAUGGAGCUGAAAUGGUGGGGGAGGAGCAGCACGAUGAUCAGGACGUUUCGAGGGCCGGCGGAGAGGAGACGAGAGUGGAGACAUAAAGGGAGAAAGAGGGUGGGGGUGCAACUAUAAAAGUGUUAAAGAGAUGAGGACGGAGGUUUGACUGAGAGACUGUGACUCUGCGGAACGAGGAAGUCUCCUUCAGACCAGGUGUGUGUAGUGUGUCCUUCAGUCCAGGUGUGUGUAGUGUGUCCUUCAGACCAGGUGUGUCUCAGGGUGUCCUCAUGCCGCGGCUCCUCUCAUCUCAGGUGGACCUCCUGUCUUCGUCCCCCUCUCAGCGUCAGUGUGAACGGACGUCCUUCUCCUUUUACUGCGCGGUGCGUCAGCGGCUUCCUGCGUGGCUGCUGGAGGACAUGCGCUGCAUGGAGGUGUUCAGCUGGGAAGACGGAGGUCCUCGAGCCUUUCUUCCGUCGGAGGCGCUGCUGUACGCGCUGGUGCACGACCACCAGGACUACGCGCGCUUCCUGCUAAAGGAGCAUUCGGCGAGCGCCAUGCGGCCGACGCGCUGCAGCUUCUGCCGCGGCAGCGGCCGUGCGCCGCAUCUCGCCAUUGCCGUGCGCUACGACCGCGUAUCGAUUCUGGGAAUGAUGCUGGCGACUCUGAAGGACGCUCAGGUACAGACGGCGAAGGACUUCCUGGACUGCCGGGGCGGCUGCUCGCACGUAGCCGACGCGGGGAAGACGGCGGUGCAGCUGGCUGUGGAGCUGUCGCGGCCCGACUGCCUGCUGCUGCUGCUGGUUCACGGCGCGCUUCCCAGCGGCGCGGACGCGGCGCUGCAGCGCCUCGUCGCCUCCGACGGCACUGAGCGCCGCCGCGCACAACGCUGCCUCGACUUCCUGCUGCUCUUCCUGCCCGGACCGCCAGCGCUGUUCUGCCCGCAGGACGAAUCGCAUCGCUGGCAAAGCCUGCUGGGAAAUGAAGUGUUCAGGUGGCUGCGUGGUUUGGCUCCACCCCCUUUACUGCUGCAGGCGCUCAGGUGUCUGGCCCGGUCCGGCCCGGAUCAGAUCACCGCCCUGCCCGACUUCCUACAGCUGCAUAGCCGGCAAUAACAUCAUCUGUCCCCAUGGAAACACUCACCGUAAAUAAAGACUACAUCCUUCACUGAUUAGCUGAAAGAGACUUUUGGAGACUGAGGAAGAAGCAGCUGCUGUGAUACGAGCUUUCCGUUAUAUGAAUGAUGACGUGUGAGAAUAAGGAAAUGCUUAUUGUAGCAGAGAUGAAUGUGAUCAAAUAUUUUAACUCAGUGGUAAACGGACCACUUCAGGACUGAUGUGCCCGGAACAUGUUGCUAGCUGCUAGGCUACUUCCAUCUCAACAUCUGCCCCCUAGGACCACCACUGUGCCCCUACAUUAAACAGUGGUUUGGAAACGUCCUGCUAAAUGUGGGGACGUUGUUGGCACUUAAAACACGUCAAAUGAUGGAGAGCAAAGUGCGCAAGGACAGCAGGAAAAGUCGCUAGUUUAACAUGUUCCACCUCCAAACAUGAUCACGUGUGUUUAAAAUACAAUUACACAAGAGUUAAAAUACAUCCUACCUAAAGUGAUUACUCGUUAAUUUAUAAGAUUUACUCUUUAGAAGAAACUUAAUCACAAUUAAUGAAUUUCAAAAUUUGAGGUUAAUUAGGGUUUUUAAAAUCUAUUCACAGCCCUACAAUAAAUCAAUGGGUAAAAAGUUGCUUAGAACAACAUGGAUUUCCCACUGUCAAAAAAUGAAUAUGUUUGGCAUCUAUUAAUCCUCUGCCACAACAGCCGUUUUCAAAGACAAUGUGACUAUUUGAGCAGGUGCCUGCAAAUCCACUGUUCGCCCUGUUUGACAAAAAAAUCCAGAAAUCUUGUCAUGGUCAGGUGAUCAUGAGGAGGAUCAGAAGGUAAGGACUACGAGGACCAUGAGCAUGAUGACGGUCAUGAGGAUAAUGACAAUGAGGAUCAGAGCUGUAUCUGCUGGUCAGUGUUCCUGUUAUUGUGAGAUAACAACGCAACAUUUUACCGGAGAUGAAGAUGAAUAUACAUCUGAUGUAUGAACACGUUACCUGAUAUGAAGAAGCGUCUUUCUCAAAUCCGUUUGUGGUUACAUUUGGUUGCAGCGCUCUCCCAUUUUUUGCCAAGCAAUGAAGGGCAAGUCUCAUUUCUGCAGAUUGUCAAUUAUUCUUUGGUUAUUUAUUAUUGAAGGCGUCCUGCAUUGACGGCGUAAAAAACAAUUACAUCCAUCUUCUUGAUCGUCCAAGCUGAUCCCAGAUUUCCUCCUAAGUGUAGAAGUACUACUGGGACUUUGGUUCUUUGUUUGUUUGAGUCCAAUACAGCUGUGAGAUUCAAUGAUCUGUUAAUACUUGUAUAAAAACAUUAAAACCUG